AUGGUUCAUGCCUUCCUCCUUCCUCUGCUGCUGCUGCUGGUCGCUGAAACUGCCGGAAUGGAACCGAGCCCUCCGGUCAAGUUCCCCGCCAACCUCGCCGAGGCUUUCGCCAUGGGCAGAAGCAACCACGCAGGAGCACAGAAUCCGCUUGCUGGAGAUCACGCUGGAGCGCCUGGUGCGGAGCAGCCGUCGGCCAAGCGGCUGUUUGACGGACGGUCUGAGUUCAAGAAUGAUUAUGAACGGAAACACGAGGAUGCGCACCAGCGGCCCCGCAGGAUCCAGUACCCGCCGCCCGGACCGCGGGACACGUACCACCCGGACCAGAGAGACCGGUCCAGUUCCACGUCACCCGGAGCGUCCCAUGGGAUGUCCCGGGACGCGGCGGCGCCGCGCCAGGGCGGGUACGAUGACGGCAAUUCGCACAGCUACGGCACCUCCUGGAACAACCACUACCAGGCGCCGACCAAGAGCAGCAGCUACGACAGUCCGCUACGACGAGCCGGAGAGAGGCAGCUCCAACAGUACAGUUACCAAGACGGUGACCACGACUCCGGCAGCUACCACUCCGAAGAGCCCUACGGAGACCGCUACAGUGGGGGAAGCCACCACAGCGGUGGCAGCAGCGACUACGACGGUGGCCGACACGGCUACGGUGGCGGAAACGAGCACAGUGAUGGUGGAUACGGAGGUGGAAGAAACGACUACGGUGGAGGCGGAGACUACUACGGGGGAGAUGAGAACGAGUACGAUAGUGGUAGGCAUGGAUACGGUGGCGGCGGCAGAAACGAUUACGGGGGCACAGAUGAGUACGGCCGCGGUGGAGGCCACUACGGCGGUGGUGGCAAUGAACACGGUGGCGGCGGCCACGGGUAUUAUGGUGGCGGAAGUUACGGCGGAUCAGAGAGGGACUCAGGUCACGCCACUGACCCGGAGGAUGAAUAUGCCGUCUACAGCCCUAAGAUGAGCAGCAAGUUCAGGAGCCGCCAUGACGGAAAUCCUGGCCACGGAGGCCAUGGAGAGCGGUUUGGGUCGGCCUUCGGUCCGCCCUUCAAAAGAAGUGACAUCCGGCCCGUUACGUUCUCCGGGGAGAGGAAGGGCGACCUCGCGGACAGCACGAUCAAGCAUGAAGGUGCCACUCCGAAGGACGACUUCACGGGGUUCAUGGGUGACCAGCACCACCAGAAGCUGAUGCAGAAGAUUAAGGAGAAGACGGCCAGGGCGUUUGGCGGGGUCGAGAAGCGCACAAAGGUCAGGGAAGCGUCGCCAGAAGGUACUCGCUUCUUCGGUGGACCUGGAAAUAUGUUUGAUGAAAGCAAAGAGGCGGGGAGGCGGAUAAGAGACCAACUUCCACGUCAUGCACCUACUUUCGGCAGCGGCAGAAGGCCUGUAGCAAUAUACCAGGAGCGUGACAACGCCAACAAUCGGGUCAAGGAAGACAUGUUCCAAAAUCCGCACGGAUUCAGUGAAUUCAUGGAUCCUGGUCAAAAGUUUGACCACAACGACGACGGCGGGGAACCGGACAGGAGCAGACAUCCCGAAGAUCUGCACGGGUUCGAACACUUCGAUGUGCCCAUCGUCGUUUUCGAAGGUGAUGGUACCAAGCGCAUAGAAGAGGAGGAAUCGCCGCCAGGUUCCUUCACAUUUGACGACUUCGUAGAACCAACUAUCUCAUUCGGAGGCGAUCCUCAUCUGAAGGACGAGCCUUCUCACAAUCCUGAACCAUUCUCCGACUUCGGGGAACCCGAGAAUAUGUUCGACGGCAACGGAAACGAUGUGUUCAGCAGCGUAGGCCAAGACCGCCAUGGAAGUGUCCACCAGGGCCACACGAACAAUGACCUCCAUUUGCACCACGACGGGGAAACGCACCGCACCGGAUCAGGGGACGACCACAGCAUGGCGAUGCCGUACCCUAGCAGGUACCAGGAGGGCGCCGCCGUGGCGCGAGAUGGCAGCGACGCAGGUGCCUUGCUGGCGGAGGCCUCCAGCGCUUUGCGGAACCGCACCAAACGGGACACGGCUUCUGUGCCUGGCCACGGGAAGGCGUCCGAUCCCGUGAAAACGAAGUUCAGCGAGGCGCGGUUCCAGAACGUGAGGCCGGUCAUCCACCGGUACUACGACGGAGUGCCACACGAGGUGCACCGUCACAUGGGGGAUGAGGUCCAUAAGACGCCAGAAGGCAGGAUAGAGCUGACGGAAUCGGGCCUGGCGGACGUCCGGCCGGGCGGUAACGAACGGGACGUGUUCGGUGGUCGCCCGCCCCUGCAGUUUGAGAGGAACGUCUUCGCCCGUCAUAUUCCCCGGCACGUGGACGGCGUUACCUUCGGUAGCCGACCGCCUCUCAGGGAGCAGGUCGUGGCCCCGCAAGCACUGUCAAACUUUUCCACGACCUGGGAAGACCUAGCACAGGCUGGGUCCAGCAGACAGGCCAUCUACCAGCCGCACUACAGCAACUACAAGGGCCGCCAAGGGCAUCGGAACUACAUGUCGGAAAGCGACCCAUACGAGAGAUACCUGCCAAAAUACGACGAGAACGACCCAUACUUCAGGUACGCGUCCCGUGAGAAUAUUCAGCACUCCCACGCCGAAGAUGGCCCGGCUGAGAGAGAGGACCUACGGCUGGAGCGGCACAGGCAGAAUGAUUUCUACGGCGGACGUGCUGGGGGGAAGGACCGGUACCGCCGCAGGGACAGACCUGGGGCAAGGGACGAAUAUGGCGACAGCAGCAUCAGCGACUACGUCGAAGAACGUCCCCACUACAGCCCGCGACUGCGGACGGCGGGUGCACACGGUCGCGGCUACGACGCGUCGUAUCCAGACUACGACGCCGAGGAGUACGAGACGCGUCCCAGGUACGGCGAGGAACGUAACAGCGACUACGUUGACAAAGACGACAGCCACCGCAGCGAUGACGAAUACGACUACGACGGCGACGGUUACCAUGACAACGGACGCCGCGGUGGCGGUCGCUACGACGACGAGAGGAAGUAUGACGACAAGCGGCCGUACAAGAAGAAGUACCAGCGGUACCACGACCCAGCGUACCAGUCCGGGCGGUACAAGGAGGGGGGCGAUGAGGAUGACUACUACGGUGCCCACGGUGAAGACCGAAUCCGAGACAUCGAUGGCGAGAUUCGGCACGAGGCGUCGCGCGGCUACGACGACUCGCGCCGCACCGUGAACAGCAUGCUCGACGCCAUCGACGAGAAGCGCAGCGACUCCAACUGCAAGGAGGUGGCCAAGGACGGCAUGACCUGCUUCCAGUGCACCGACGCCAAGGGCUUCCAGACUGAGGACUGUGCCUACGCCAGCAAGGACCCCAACAACCACCACGUCAGCUAUAGCGAGUCGUCCUCCUAUGGUGACGACAAACGACGCGGCUACGAGAAACGCGGCAAACUGCGACGCAGGCCAGGCGGGCGACGGCUGCGCGAUGGUGGCGCCGCGUAUACAGACGACGACGAAGCUGAGUUCUAUCCCGAUGGUGGCGUCAUCUACGACGAUGACGGGCGUGACAUUCGCGGCGGGUACGGCUUCGCGAACGGACAGACUGGGCGGUUCCCGGAGGCUGAGGAGGGCGAAAGGUCGCGACUCGAACAGCUCGAGACGCCCGGGGCGUUCCAGGUGGGUCGUUUCCGAGACUCGUACACGGGCGGCUUUCGGGCGCGACGCAAGCGCCACCUGGACCACGGCCCGCGCCACUACGUCGUCGAUUCGCGCACGAACGAGGUGUCACCAGACCCCGUGUACCGCUAUCCCGUCCUGAACCGGUCCUACACGUCGCAGGCCCUGGCGAGAUUCAUCGGCGACGAUGACGGGUUCGUCGACGUCGACGCGGAGGCGCGCCGCGCCCGGAAGUACCGGCGGUACCGCGCGCGGCGCCCGGACGCGCGGCGCCGGCGUGGGUACCGCGAGUCAGGCGUGGUACCCGAAUACCACCGGCACGUGGAGUCGUCCCAGUCGUCCGGUGGCGGGUACGAUGAGUACGCAACCGGCUCGCCGGGAGGCUACUCGGGAUCCUUUGCUCCGGGGCGGGGGGAAGAGGACGAUGACAUCGGCUACCGCCUGGCUGACGACGGCGACGCCAUCGGCGAGGUGUUCGACUACCGCUUCGGCGAGAAGCCGAUAGACGGCAGGUUCGUCGAGCGCCUGGAGAGUGAGCGUGAGGACAGGCCGGCGCCUGCCGAAUACGACGGAGACUAUGGGGACAGCGAUGGGGAGGAAGACUACGGCGAUCAGGGAGUGAGGAGGUACCCGGAGUACGACUAUGAGGACGAGGAGCGGUAUUUCGCGGACGCGGACGAGCCGUCGGCCCGGGACGAGCGCGGCCGCAGGGACGAGCCGGCCGAGAACGAGCGCUCGUUCGGUCGCGUUGAAAAGGCCAAUGCCCUGCUGGAGCAGGGGUACCGGUCGGCUAUGGACGCUCCCCAGUCUAGGGACGCCGAGCCACCAGCUGCUUCCGGCGAUUACGUCCGCGGGUUUCGGCCGUUUUCGGACGAAGAACGCGACAGCGGGCGGAAGGCCGACUCGAGCGAUGAUAGCGCCACCUUUACCGGCGAUGAACGACAGGAGCGCCGCGUUGCGGACAAUGCUGGCGACGGUGGCAGCGGGGGCGUCUCCGAUGACGUCAGGCGUCGCCAUGGCAGCCAUGACGCGGACGAGAACGCCGGCGACGGUGAUGGUGACGCCGCCUAUACUAGUGGCGAGCGACCCGAGCGCAGCAACGCGGACGGCGACCGCGACCGCGAGCACGCCAGCGAUAUGCAGCCGCUUGAAAACGACGAGCCGGCCGCGUACGAGCAGCACCGCUACGACCGGCCAGACAUCACCCGCGCCUACGAGGUCUCGGUCAGGCAGCGGGCGGCCAUGGUGCCCGAGGCGGCCAUGACCCGCGGCGGCAUGCACAGCGACGACGAGCUGACGCAUUUUGGCGCGCCGGAGACGUUCGAGCGGCUGAAUCGCGGCGCGGAGAUGACGCGCGAGUACCGCGACCCGGGCCUCGAGUUCUUCAGCCAGCACCCGGCCGGCUUCGAGCACUUUCCGACGUUUGAUUACGUGGAGGGCAGCGACAGGAAGAAAUGA